UGCUAAUGCCCAUCACCUGACAGUUGUUACCACAGACAGAAUGAAUGGAAAGAGACAGAAAAACGCUAUAAAAUACGUCUCGUGUGCGGUGUUGAAUUCACCCUGGAUGUCGUCCGUCAAGGUCAUCUCAGCUAAAACCAAGCUCGAUAAAUAAAUUGAAGAACAAUGACGUUUUCCUGACCAACUAGCAACUAGCUAACAAGUUAGCCACCGUUAGCUCCAGACCCUCAGUCAGUGUCACCAAAAUAAAAGCCGUCAGCGAGCAAGAGCCACGUAGCUGGGGGGGGAAAUGUAUUUUUUGUACACAAUUGUCGCUUCUUUAGUUUGCUUUUUCGUUUUGAAAUGGAUGAAAAAGAGGAGGUACUGCACCGACCUGAAAAGACUUGAUGGCAAAACAGUUCUCAUCACAGGCGGAAAUUCUGGCAUUGGCAAAGAGACGGCUGUUGCUCUGGCAGUGCGAGGCGCCCGAGUCAUCAUCGCCUGCCGAGAUGUGGACAAGGCUGAGAAGGCCGUGAGGGAGAUCAAGUUCAAGAGUCACAGUCUUAACGUCCUUCACAUGGAGCUGGAUCUGGCCAACGUGCGCUCCGUGAGGGAAUUCUGCAAGAGCUUCCUGCAGAAAGAGAAGAGGCUUGAUAUUCUCGUCAACAACGCAGGGAUGCCCGGGGUUCUUGACUGGACCGACGACGGCUUCAGCAUGUGUUUUGGCGUCAACCAUUUGGGACACUUCCUCCUAACCAACUUGCUCCUCCCUCGCCUGAAGGAAAGCGCCCCCAGCAGGGUGGUCACCCUCACAUGCUCCAACUACAAAUACCAGAAGCUGGACUUCCAGGACCUCAACUACAACCUGCUGCCGUUCUUCACCUACUGCCGCAGCAAGCUGGCCAACAUUUACUUCAGCCAGGAGCUGGCCCGCAUCACUGAGGGGAAAGGAGUGACUUCAUAUGCUGUGCACCCUGGUUUUGUGCAGAGCAGCUGGACUUGCCACUACUCCAUCCUCUUCCGGAUGCUGAUGCAGGUGAUCAUGUGGAUGUUUUUUGUGCCGUGUGAGAUGGGAGCUCAGACGGUCGUCUACUGUGCUGUGUCCGACGAGGCAGCCAAGCACAGCGGAGGCUACUUUGUCGACUGCCGGCCCGCCAUUCUGCGUCCUUUUGCCAGAGAUGCUGGCGUGGCAAAGAAACUGUGGGAGGCCAGUGAGAGACUGGUGAAACUGGCCUGAUGGUGGAAGAUGGGGAAACUGAAAACUGGAUCCUCAGUCGAGAUUUUCAAAUAAAAAUGAAAGACCUCUUUAUUGAUUUUGUAUCAUAUUUUUAUCUUCCAGCUUGUAUUUAUUUUUCUCAUGGAUUUUAUUUAUUUAUCUUUUUUUUGUGCAUUGUUACACAGUGUAAAGAUUCAGUGUUAAGAUUAGUUGGUUUUUUUUAAGCAUUUUCAAGGGAGUUUUUAAAAAAUCUUACCUGCACCAGAUGGAUUUAUUCUCUUUCUGUGAUUUAUAAUUUUUAUAUACACAAAUAAAUUUCUUUUUGUUGAUUUUAUCGACUGCAUAAAUAUUUAAUGAAGUUGUGCUUUAAGAACCGUUUAACAACAAAUAUUUUUUCCUUUAUUACAGUAUUCCCAAAAACCUGUGGCAUUUAUUAUUUAUGAUGCAGUGAUUAUCUACAUUGCCAAUAGAAUCCUGUUUGUCUCUUUUAUUUUUCUAUGUUUUGUCUCGAAAGGAAAGGGCUGUGCCAAGGCAAAGUGUUUAACCUUGUAAAUGAAAUGUAGAAACAACACCACCUGCUGGUGAGAAAAGCACAUGGCAGUAUUUCAUUCCCUAACCCUAAUCUUAAUCAAGGAUACACUUCCAUAUUUUAAAUUUCCCUAUGCAAGCUACAUUACCGUCAUUGGCCAGUGCAGACUCUAACCUUACACUUGCUUAAAUCAUUAAUGAAUGUAUUACACUCCACAAAUGCCAACUGCAUGAAGCUGGCCAGUGAAAAAGAGGGUUGUGAUUAUAGUUGUAAAAUUACAGCAAAUACUUCGCAAAGUACUUUUCUAUGUAACAGCCAUUUUCACCUGUAAAUGGUGAAUCGUAAUUUUUAUUUUCAGUCGUAUACAUGCCUUCAUGUUCCUUUUCUUCACAAACGUAUUCUCCAUGAUUCCAUUACAUUGAUGUAGUACUAAUUUUGGUGAUGCCGUGAUGCCACGUCUGACUUCUCCUUCAUUAAAACAGAACUUUUAGCGGGACAAGUAGAAUACACUGAAAGAAAAAUGUUACAGCAGUGACUGUCGUGAUUUUGAGAGCCUGCUGUAAUUUUGUUUGGUGACUUACCUGAGCCUGAAAAUUAGUGUUUAAGUACAGGUGAGUGUUUAAGCAUAGGUUUGUGCCGUGACAAUGAAAAGUGAAUUGUGCCACCAGUUUAUUAUAGGUGUUGCACUGUGUAAUUCAUGCACUCUUUAGCUAUUUUUUUUUUAAUUGUUAUAACCAUAACUAAGUUCUCCCUCCUCUUCUUGAAAAUAAAUGAAAAGAAAUUAAGAUAAAUUAUAUUUGUACAAAUGAAAACAUUAAUAUUUAGAAAUUUACAAUUGUAGGCGCAGCUUCAGAGUUACCCAUACAAACAUAUGGAUUUAUUAAUAUUUACACCCAAAAUACAAACUUGUGAAUUCAUUAACACGUUUAAGGACUGAAUAUGGUUGAUCUAUGGAAACAGACAUUUGAGUGCAAAUACUAGAAUAUAUAAGUGUACUUUAAAUGUGUUAACUGCGUGGCAUAUCAUGAUACAUUUUUUAAAGAUGAAAAGUAUGUAUUCUAUGUUAA